AUGCGGUUGGACUGGUUCGCCCGAUUUUUGAAAUUUCAGCAGCAAGAGAAAGCACCGUUCAAGAUCAGCAAAGCAACGGUUGAAGCGACGAAACGAUUAAACAACACUGCAGUAGUCACUAUGGAAGAUCCACCCACGGAACGACCUCCAGAAAAGAAGUUCAACCGGAAUGCGCAUCUACGGCUGCACAAGCGGACACACAAUGGGGAGAAGCCAUACAAGUGUGACGUCUGCCCUGCAAAGUUCCGCCGGAGCAGUGACAUGCAGCGCCGUAAGAGGACACGCACCGGUGAGAAGCCAUACAAGUGCGAUGUCUGUCGUGCAAAGUUCAGCCGGAGCGGGCACCUACGGGACCACAAGAGGACACACACUGGCGAGAAGCCAUACAAGUGUGACCUCUGUCCUGCAGAGUUCAUCCAGAGUACGCACCUGCAGCAUCACAAGAAGAAACACAUGGGCGAGAAGCCAUGCAAGUGCGAUGUCUGCCCUGCAGAGUUCAUCCAGAGAAGUAACCUGCAGUGUCAUAAGAGGACACACACUGGUGAGAAGCCAUACAAGUGUGGUGUCUGCCCUGCGGAGUUCAGCCGGAGCGGGCACCUACGGGACCACAAGCGGACACACACUUGA